AUGGAACAACAGAGUACUAGUGAAAAAGUUGUAGUUACUGCUUUGUAUGCAUUUAAAGCGCAAAAUACAGAUGAAUUGUCCUUUGCUAAAAAUGACAUGAUUGUUUUAACACAAGCUCCUGUUGAUGGUGGUUGGUGGGAAGGUACAUUGAAUAAUAAAACUGGCUGGUUUCCAUCCAAUUAUGUCGAACAAGUUGUUAAAAAAGCAGAUUCGUCAUCAUCGCUUCAAAGUAGAAAUUCACAACAAUGUGCGGAAAUGUAUCAAAAUCGAGAAACAAUCAUUCAAACAUUAAAUGAAAGUGAACAACAUUAUAUAUCUGACUUAGAUAAUUUCAUUUUAAAAACACUUCAACCAUUAGCUAAUGCUCUUAUAACAUCAAACUCAACUCCUCUUCAUUUGGAGUUUGAUAGUCUUGAUGAAUUACUUAAAUUCCAUCAUCAUCUCUCUAAUAUGCUAAACGAAUCCAUACAAUCACAACAUUAUAUUGGUGUUCUAUUCUCACAAUUAGCUCCUGGUUUCAAGUCUAUAUUUGAAGCUUAUUGUUAUCAACAUGCGAAAAUACUUUUCUUAUUUAAUCAUCAUAAAGAUCGAAUUCUAAAUGGUCUAUCAAAAAUUGAUCCAUAUUUUGAUAAUAAUACAUAUAUUCAAUUAAUCAAAAAUUUAUCAUUACCAUUAAAUCGUCUAGAUAGAUAUGUUAGUUUUCUGAAAGAAUAUUUAUACAAUCUUGAAGAAUUCCAUGUCGAUCGUGGUGAUACACAACGAGCAGCUGAAUACUAUACGGAAUUGACUUCAUUUGCAGCUGAAUGGCGAAAACGCAAAGAAUGGGAACUUGAUAUUGUAAAUAGUAGUAUUCAUGGACUUGAUACUGAUUCAUUAAAAUCAUAUGGUGAUGCGUUAUGUAUAAGUCCAGUUAAUAUUCUAACGGAACACAAUGGUGCACCAGUGUCCUUGGAGCGUAUAGCUAUUCUUUAUCCAUCGACACUAUUUCUUCUUUCAACUUCAUCGAAUCAACAAGAAUAUCAUAUUGAGAAUCGUUAUCAAAUAAAUCAAAUAACUAUUAGUAAAAUAAUUGAUAUUAGCAAACGAGCUUUGAAAAUAAAUGUUCCACUAAGUCCAUCAUUGGUUAUAACUUAUCCGAGUUCGACUGAAUAUCAGGAAUGGUGUGAAAAAUUGUAUGCAGCAUUAACGGCAAAAUCGCAUUCUCUACAACAAACACAAAGAUCACAAUUACCAUUCAGUGGAGUGAAACCAUCAAAUAUUGGAAAUGUUCCUUUAAGACUUCCAAUUAAAAGUCCACAUUGGUCUAAAGGUUGUCUUCGGCCACAUUCACCAUUAAGAAUUCUUCCUUCAACAGGAACAUCAAUUAGAACGGCUUCACCAUUACCAUUAUCUAAUCUUAAUAUGAAUGAGAUAUCAUCGAAUUCAAAUGAAAGUAGUUCAACGCGAACACUCAAGCGCUUCAUGUCAAUGAAAAAAUCGAAAGCGCAGGAAUUUCUUAAACGAGUGGAAACAAGCGAAGGUGAUUCUCUACUACUAUCUAUUAUUGAAGGUUACUGUAUGACGACGACUAGUAGUGGAACAGCGAUUACUACUUUAAAUAAUGUGAUACCAAAGAAACGAAAUUCAAUUCAGGGAAUUAUUAAUCGUACACAAAGUAUUACACCUAUGACAAAUACAAAUGUUGAAAGUCGAACAAUGUACGAAAUGUUAUGUGAACUUCGUUUAGCAUAUAAAUCACUUCAACAAGAACUUGACGAAGAAAGACGAGCACGCAAACAACUAGACAGUCAGAUACAAAAAUUGCUUCUUACGCCAGCAAAAUGA